UUUAAAACUUGAGGGAAGGGCUUGAGGUGGUAAUGACAAUUAAUUAAAUGAGGUCACUGGAUUUGACGCUCAUUUGAGCUGACAGAGCAGAACGGUGUUGCAUAGCUGGCAGAUUAGCAGUUCUACAUGAGAUAAUAAUUCUCCAGGGAUUGAUACCUGCUGGUAACUGCUGCCUCAUUUACCUAACGGGGAUUCUGGAGUAGUUCAGGCGGGUGGGGCAGUUUGGUGCUGGUGUCCAACCUCCUACAAACUGACAAUUGUAAGAAUCUGCUGUAAGCUGAUGACAGGCUUUGGGCACUGCCUGCAUCCUGAGAGGUCUGGCUGUUGAGAUGCCAUUCUGUGAGUUCCUCUGUCAUAAGCUGACUGAUGACCAGUUCUUGUUCUUUUCCCCAUGGGAAGCAGAUAAACUCAGGGUGGGUUUUUCCUUUCAGCCUUCUUACCCUGUAGGAACUGCACGCUGCUUCUGGGGCAGCCACAGCAGGGAUGGCAUCUUGCCACGUGUGUCAGCAUUUCAGCAGGACUCAGGCACUGGCAUCCUGGUGAAUGUAAUGGGGGCAGUAGAACAGAACUUAAGAGAAACUUCUCACUCAACUGAGCUCAGAUUUUUUUAAGAAGUGGAGAAGAAAAAGCUUUUAAUAGCAAUGAUUCUCCCUUCCUGGAGAGGAAUCUCUCUUGCACUUUGCUUUGGACUGAAGUGUGGUACUUCCCACUGCGUUGGGCUGCAGAACAUUUCAGUGCCUGUUUUUAGGGAGCAGCUCAGACAUUCAGCUUCUUCCAUGCUUUCACAGAAUCAGGCUUAUUCAGUCUAGAAUAUAAUAGCUGCUUGAAAAUGUUUUGGGGGGUAAGAUAGAAUUUUACCGAAAAAGCUUCCCUAAAAGGGAAGAGUACUGAAGGGAGUGUAGAUAAGGCUUGUGUUUGCUCUGCUGUCUCUGGGCAGAGUCCUGCAAGGGUGAAGGUCUGCAUGGAGGAGGUGGGAUUGGGAGCAGGGUGCCAGCCCAGCUGUGGGCUGGGGACUCUGCUGCUCCUGCCCUGCUCCACCAGGGCCAGUCAAAGUCUCUCCCCACAGUUCAGUGAAUGCGUGUAUUCAGUGUGAAAAUGAUUCUCAUCUUGGCCUGAUGAAGUGUCUUCUGAAACAAUGUUGUCAAAUUAGUUUGUUGCUGUUUAAAAUGAAGUGGUGGUAGUUUAUAAUGUGCCUGGUAAAUCAAGAGAAAUAGCUCCCCUGUGCUCCUCGUUGCUUUUCUUUGGAUUUUGGUGGGAUUUUGGGUAACUACUUUCAUCAUUUUACUAGACAGAUGGCUUCAUUUUUGUUGUGUAGGAGUUUCUUGUGCCAGCCAGAGAAAGUCUGAAUGAUAUUUUAAAUAGGAAAACAAAAAGAGUUGGCACAGGGCUCAGGGAGGAAGGAGUAUGUUUUGAGUGCUCUCAGUUAAUCUUAAAUAUGCCUUCUUUCAAUUAGCUGACUUUUUUUAUACUAUGCAAUUGUUAAAAUUCAUCUUAAACAACAACACAGGUCUUACAGAAUACCAUAGAGCAGUUUUCUUCCUGAAAAAAAAUACUCUAAUGCAGGAUCUCCAGAGGUAUUUCUAGGGAGUAUUUGUAAUAUUUGGAGUUGAAGGCCAAUCAAAAUACACAAUUACUGCUAGAAUAUUUUCUUUUUGAGGCGUGAGUGGGAUGCCAUUAGCUAGUUAAUUCUAGCUUUUCCUGCUGGUCCUCCCACCACUCCUGCCUUAUCCCUAAUACAAUACAACCUUUUCCCUCAAUCAGAGCAGCAGUGCUCUUUUUGAUCUACCCUCUUAGGCACACAGCUUUCAUGGUGCUUAGAAAGCUUUGGAAACAAGGAAUUGUUUUGUUUUGUUUUAAACACAGACUUCAGCAGAAAACCAAAGUGAAAUAGAGCCAUUAGAGACUUAGCCCUGAAAUUGUUCUGGGUAGUUAGUUUAAUCUUGAGGUGAGAUGUAGAUACCUGACUUCUACUUUCUGAACCAGGGGGCUGGUUUCAGGCUCCCUUAACAAUCCAAAUCCAGUCACAGGAGAAGCAGAAAAUCUCUAUUUUGAGAUGUAGUCUGCAGGGUCAAAGAGGGAAAUUUCUUUAUGUACAUUUAGAAUGCUCAGAUAGAAACACUGUCUUUAAAAACCUAAACAGCUUCCUUUACUCCUCUUUUGUGUUUUAUUUCUACAGGGCAUAAAACAGUGACAGUGCUGAGAGUCACAUAAUAGACACAUAACUUUAUACCCAGUUCUCAAGCUGGCCCUAAGACUGGCUUGGUUUGUAUGGAUCUGGUUGUUUGUAUUCUGUUGUAGAAGAAUGCCCUUUACCUGCUCCCUGUGUGAGGCUUUUGGAAUGAAAAAAGACUUCAGGAGGUGGAUGUUUGUGCCUGGCAAGGGCUGUAAGAUAGAGAGCCAUUCCUUUCCUUUCUGUUUCCUUCCCAAGCUGGACACUCAGGGCAGGGAAGGAUUUUUGAUGCCCAUCAGUCCGGAACUCUUUCAGCGGCAGCUGCUGCACUGCAGAAUUGGAGCUGGGGGUUGUCUCCUCCUCCUCUCCGCCCCAUUCCUCCUCCCAGCCUCGCGUUCAGGCUGCGCUGGGAUGAGCUGUACGAGCCCAGCUGGCUGCUCCCCUCACUGGUGCGUUGCUGCCCAGCAGGCCGGGACUGCAGGGGGCUUUUGGGGGAGUUGGUUUCAAUGGCCACCCCGACUAGUGAGAAGCAAGGACUGCUCAUAUGGACAGCUCGCCUUUGUCUUGUGCAGAGUCGGCUUUGUAGUGGGAUGUUGAAAUAUGACACGAUGCCUGUUUGUUUGCAAUAGCUGCAACCCUCGUAGCAGAGAUUCAAGUGGGAAACAGAGAGGGAAUCCAGAGACAAACCAGCGGGGGAUUUAGGAACUGUGACGCCGUGUCCUCUCUCCUGUGCCGGAGCAAGCAAAGGAAAGAGAGGUAGAGGAAAAAAGACUGAGCCUUGCAACAGCCGUCACCUGAUGAUGUGUCAGUCAAACACCCUGCAGGGACCAGAUCUGCACACAGGGAAAUGGUUGCAAUUUCCCCAGCUGGCCCUGAGGCGGAGGUUGGGCCAGCUGAGCUGUAUGUCUAGGCCUGCUCUGAAACUCCGUUCUUGGCCUCUGACUAUUCUCUAUUACCUUCUGCCUUUCGGUGCCCUUAAACCCCUGACCAGAGUGGGAUGGAGGCCCAUGAGCAGGGUUGCCCUGUACAAGUCGGUACCAACUCGGCUGCUCUCGCGGGCCUGGGGUCGCCUGAACCAGGUGGAGUUGCCCACGUGGCUCCGUAAGCCCGUGUACAGCCUGUACAUCUGGACCUUCGGGGUGAACAUGAAGGAGGCGGCUGUGGAGGAUCUGCACCACUACAGGAACCUCAGCGAGUUCUUCCGCAGGAAGCUGAAGCCGCAAGCGCGGCCGGUGUGCGGCGUGCACAGCGUGAUUAGUCCCUCUGAUGGAAAGAUCCUGAAUUUCGGGCAGGUAAAAAACUGUGAAGUGGAGCAAGUAAAAGGGGUCACUUAUUCUCUGGAGUCUUUCUUGGGACCUCGUGUCUCGACAGAGGAACUGCAUUUUAGUCAGACCCCACCUGGUAACUCUUUUCAGCAACAACUGGUCACCAAAGAGGGGAAUGAGCUGUACCACUGUGUGAUCUACCUUGCUCCAGGGGACUAUCACUGCUUCCACUCGCCCACCGACUGGACAGUGUCGCACCGACGGCAUUUCCCAGGCUCUCUGAUGUCUGUGAAUCCCGGCGUUGCUCGCUGGAUCAAGGAGCUGUUCUGCCACAACGAGCGGGUUGUCCUCACAGGUGACUGGAAGCACGGCUUCUUCUCACUGACAGCUGUAGGAGCGACAAACGUGGGCUCCAUCCGCAUCUACUUCGACCAGGACUUGCACACCAACAGUCCAAGUUACUCUAAAGGUUCCUACAAUGACUUCAGCUUCAUAUCCAACAACAACAAGGAGGGAAUCCCCAUGAGGAAAGGGGAACAUUUAGGGGAAUUUAAUUUAGGCUCCACAAUUGUCCUAAUCUUUGAGGCACCCAAGGACUUCAAAUUCAACCUCAAAGCCGGACAGAAAAUCCGCUUUGGAGAAGCACUGGGCUCUCUAUAGAAACUGUCUCAGCAAGAAGAUUUUCUACACAAAGGGACUCUUUUCACACCACUGUUUCACUUUACAAGUCCUUAUCACUCAGCAGGACCUGGGUGAGCAGAAGAGAUGUCAGUGCUGUGUUAACCUUGAGAGUAUUUGCUCUACAUUUACCUGCUGCUGAAUGUAGAAACUGAGUUGAGUGAUCAUGGAUGUAUCAGGUACAGCUGCCUUUAAAGAUGUUGCCCAUGGAGGUUUCUGUCCCAGCCUGUGCCUGUGCUGUUUCAUGUUCUCCCCUCAAUGUGCCACAGGAUAAUUAUGUUCUUAAGUCCCUUUUAAGCCUUCUGAGGCUGUGCAGGUACACUGGGGAGGGGUGGAGAUUACCUGUGUUUAAAGGGACACUGACAGGCUCAGUCUCAGACCUUGUACUUUAUAGCUGCAAUAUUUGUUUUUCAGACCUUGAGUAAAGAAUAUGUUCUCAUAUUUAUUUUGUUUUAAGAAACUCUGCUGAAAUUGUCAAAUAAAGACAGCCUGUGAAUGCACACAGAGCCAAACAGUGAGACUGGCUGGUGUGGCUUCACAGCCCAAACAAAGCAACACAUGCAACAGAGCAUCAGUAGCAAGAAUUACACUCAGCCAGGCUUUCUGCUGUUGAACUGGACAGCUCCAGUUCUCUUGCCUGACAUUGUCCCUUUAAAAAUGGACUUUGCACUGUAUUUUAAACCUGAAAACACUGUGUCUACAUUCCAGACAACAGCUCUUGUCAUCUUGGGAUUUUCUUUUAAAAAACAAACAAAAAAACCCAGACAGAUGUGUGUGUACCAUUCCUAAUCCAUGGGUUUAUUUUGCUACUCCAGGCCUUAAAGUUUUUGUCUGUAUGAGAGACAGUUACUUCACCUCUUGGAUUAUGGAGUUAGAAGACACAGGGAAUGUUUUUCUUAUGUGAUGUGAGAGCAACUAAAAUACGUUUUACUUUCUGCUAUGUAUCUUCAUUAUUGCUUUCUCACUAAAUUAUUGAAUUAAUUUCUCUGUUACAGAACAGCUUCAGAUACUUUAGGACCAGUUUUUAUUGCUCAGAGUGAAAUGCCCUAUGCACUGACUGUGUUUACAAACAUUAUGGCUCUUUGAAGAAAUCCCACAUUGCCUCCCAGGUGCCAACCUGGCCCUCACUUGACUGGCAACAAUUUCAUCUUACUCAAAAUAUAAAAAAACCCCACACUGGCUCUAACUUAUGCCCUCAUACUUAAUGCUAGGAAUGUGCUGGGGGCUGAAAGCUCUGUGCUGAAGCUUCAUCCACAGUAAAAUUUUAGAGUUCACGUCAAGAAGAGUUAAAAUCUCACACCUUGGAUCUGCUGCAGGUGGCACUAUGUGGUGCUGACAGAAACCGCUGCCAGAGUGAAGAGGAAUUGAGUUUUAAAGCAAUGUAUCAGUUGUUAUUUUAGAGAAUAAACUGUUUCAAGUCCCAGCACUCAAACAUUUAGAAGUGAUUGUGCUGUCCAGAGCUUGUUGGAGUGGACACGCUUACGAAACCUGCCUUUCUGCUUUCUGAAAGAUUUCUCAUAUUACUUCCUUGCUUGAGCUACUUUUCUGCUACUUCAAGGAGAUAGGCUUUGACCAGCUCUGAUCUCCUAAAGAAACCCUUAUCUUCUUUGUAUGCACUGCAGAAAAUAGAAUAUAAUUUUGUUGUACAAAUGUCCAGUUUGCCAAGUCCUGUAUGCUUAGCUUGUCAUCGGGGAGGAAGGGAUGAUGAACUGCCUCUAGGUGAUGUAGCCCAGCCCUGGGUCAGGUGAUGGUGGUGGCUGUUUGGGUGACAAGCAGGAGAAAAUUCAUUUGGCUCCAGGAGUCAGUGUUUCCUCACUUCACACAGGGAGGAGUUUGAAAGCUUGAAGUGGCUCUCAGCCACCUAUCUUGUUAAACUUCUUGGCAUUAGCAAGUUCACUCCUGCAGCAGUAAAGUACCAGAUGCAAGGGGUUUUUUUUUAAACCUUUGAGAGUGAGAAAAGAGUAAGUCAAAUAUCAACCCCAAGAGGAUAAAGUUAUGGUGAGAUUUUUGAUUAAACUUCAAUGUUGUGUUAACAGUAGAAAGCAAAUUUGUUCCAGUGGAUGAGAAAAAAAGACAAGUGAAUCUUUUCCCCCUUUUCCACUGGGGCCUUUAGCACCCAGACACAGCCAAAGGAAGUUUUAGCUUUAAUUUCUUCCUACUCAGCAUCAUCAUCCACAGUAUCUGAAGGUUACUGUUAGCCUGUGAUGGAGGAUGGGUUACUUGAGGUUUGCUUUAUUAGAAAGCUCAGAAGGAGGAGAGGAUCCAGCAAGUGGCUGUUUUUAGGAUGGUUUUAAUACUGUGCAGAGCGAGCUAAUAACUCAAUAUUGCUUGUGAUGCAGGGCCAGCAACACACCCAGAACUGAAAGCAAAGUUGCUCGAGGGUACUGAUAAUGCUGUGAAUUUCUCCUGCCUGGAGAAUCCAUUUAAUUCAACUGUAUCAGUAGCACGGUAUUUUUGUAUGUCAAAGUGUAUGACUUACUGACAUGAACUCAUUUAAUUGCAAACAUUUUGAAAUAAAGAGUCUUAUCUGUGUUGCUUA